GGUUCCCACACCACUACUUCGUGUGGGGUUGUUCGCCCGUGAAGGGGCAGGACAGGGUGCGCGCUGAUGGAGGUUGAAAUUGUUACAUUUUGGCCGGGCGCAGUGGCUCACGCCUGUAAUCCCCAGCACUCUGGGAGGCCGAGGCAGGCGAAUCACGAGGUCAAGAGAUCGAGACCAUCCUGGCUAACACAGUGAAACCCCGUCUCUACUAAAAAAAAUAGAAAAAAUCAGCCGGGCGUGGUGACGGGCGCCUGUAGUCCCAGCUACUCAGGAGGCUGAGGCAGGAGGAUAGCGUGAACCCGGGAGGCAGAGCUUGCAGCGAGCCGAGAUCGCGCCAGUGCACUCCAGCCUGGGCGACAGAGCGAAACUCCGUCUCAAAAAAAAAAAAAAAAGAAAAGAAAAGAAAUUGUUACAUUUUAUAUAUAUGGGAACAAUCCUGCACCAUGACUCAACAGCCACUUCGAGGAGUGACCAGCCUGCGUUUCAACCAAGACCAAAGCUGCUUUUGCUGCGCCAUGGAGACAGGUGUGCGCAUCUACAACGUGGAGCCCUUGAUGGAGAAGGGGCAUCUGGACCACGAGCAGGUGGGCAGCAUGGGCUUGGUGGAGAUGCUGCACCGCUCCAACCUUCUGGCCUUGGUGGGCGGUGGUAGUAGUCCCAAGUUCUCAGAGAUCUCAGCAGUGCUGAUCUGGGACGAUGCCCGGGAGGGCAAGGACUCCAAGGAGAAGCUGGUGCUGGAGUUCACAUUCACCAAGCCAGUGCUUUCUGUGCGCAUGCGCCAUGACAAGAUCGUGAUCGUGCUGAAGAACCGCAUCUAUGUGUACUCCUUCCCCGACAAUCCCCGAAAGCUGUUUGAGUUUGAUACCCGGGACAACCCCAAGGGGCUCUGUGACCUCUGCCCCAGCCUGGAGAAGCAACUGUUAGUGUUCCCGGGACACAAGUGUGGGAGUCUGCAACUUGUGGACCUGGCGAGCACAAAGCCUGGCACCUCGUCUGCUCCAUUCACGAUCAAUGCACAUCAGAGUGACAUAGCCUGUGUGUCUCUAAACCAGCCAGGCACUGUAGUGGCCUCAGCCUCCCAGAAGGGUACCCUUAUUCGCCUCUUUGACACACAAUCCAAAGAGAAACUGGUGGAGCUGCGCCGAGGCACUGACCCUGCCACCCUCUACUGCAUUAACUUCAGCCACGACUCCUCCUUCCUCUGCGCUUCCAGUGAUAAGGGCACCGUCCAUAUCUUUGCUCUCAAGGAUACCCGCCUCAACCGCCGCUCCGCGCUGGCUCGCGUGGGCAAGGUGGGGCCUAUGAUUGGGCAGUACGUGGACUCUCAGUGGAGCCUGGCGAGCUUCACUGUGCCUGCUGAGUCAGCUUGCAUCUGCGCCUUCGGUCGCAAUACUUCCAAGAACGUCAACUCUGUCAUUGCCAUCUGCGUAGAUGGGACCUUCCACAAAUAUGUCUUCACUCCUGAUGGAAACUGCAACAGAGAGGCUUUCGACGUGUACCUUGACAUCUGUGAUGAUGAUGACUUUUAAGGACCCUGGGGGCUGUGCUAGGGACCUGCAGUGGCAGACUGCAGAGCUGAGCCUUGGCAGUGGGGUGUGCUUGGAAGCCACCAGCCAGCAAGCAUUAAUGGGGCUGGUGCCCACUUUCCACUCAGCAGGGCUAUGUCUAAAUAAAGAGCUCACUUCCCCCCAGCACUUCUUGAUGACUGUGUGCCCCAAGGGUCAGGCCAGAGACCCAGGAAGGCAGCGACCCCUUGGGAUCCCUAAGCUGGAGGAAAUUGCCAGGGACCCAGAGGGAGUGCCCUAAUCCAACCUGGGGAUUUUUUAAAAGCUUCCUAGGAAGAGAUGAUCUCCGAUGUGAUGAAUACGAAUAAAAGGCCCUUAAUGGCA